AUGAAGCUAAAGCAGCGAGUCGUGCUGUUAGCAAUUCUCCUUGUCAUCUUUAUCUUCACCAAAGUUUUCCUGAUUGACAACUUAGAUACAUCAGCUGCCAACCGGGAGGACCAGAGGGCCUUUCACCGAAUGAUGGCGGGCUUGCGGGUGGAGCUGGUGCCCAAGCUGGACCACACCUUGCAGUCUCCCUGGGAGAUUGCAGCCCAGUGGGUGGUUCCCCGGGAAGUGUACCCUGAAGAGACACCAGAGCUGGGAGCAAUCUUGCAUGCCAUGGCCACCAAGAAAAUCAUUAAAGCUGAUGUGGGCUAUAAAGGGACGCAACUGAAAGCCUUACUGAUACUUGAAGGAGGACAGAAAGUUGUCUUCAAACCUAAGCGGUAUAACCGGGACUAUGUGGUAGAAGGGGAGCCAUAUGCUGGUUAUGAUAGACACAAUGCAGAGGUAGCAGCCUUUCAUUUGGACAGGAUUCUAGGUUUCCGCCGAGCUCCCUUGGUGGUUGGCAGAUUUGUUAAUCUGCGGACAGAGAUCAAGCCUGUUGCCACGGAGCAGCUCUUGAGCACCUUCCUAACCGUAGGAAAUAAUACUUGUUUCUAUGGGAAGUGUUAUUACUGCCGAGAAACAGAGCCAGCCUGUGCUGACGGAGACACGAUGGAGGGGUCUGUCACACUUUGGCUUCCAGAUGUGUGGCCUCUACAGAAACACCGACACCCAUGGGGCAGGACUUACCGAGAGGGCAAACUGGCCAGGUGGGAGUAUGAUGAGAGCUACUGCGAUGCUGUGAAGAAAACGUCUCCUUAUGACUCCGGCCCGCGCCUCCUGGACAUCAUUGAUACAGCCGUCUUUGAUUACCUGAUUGGCAAUGCUGACCGCCAUCACUAUGAGAGUUUCCAAGACGAUGAAGGCGCUAGCAUGCUCAUCCUUCUCGAUAAUGCCAAAAGCUUUGGGAACCCCUCACUGGAUGAGAGAAGCAUUCUCGCCCCGCUCUAUCAGUGUUGCAUCAUUCGCGUUUCCACCUGGAACAGACUGAACUCCUUGAAGAACGGUGUGCUGAAGUCUGCCUUAGAGUCCGCCAUGGCCCACGACCCCAUCUCCCCAGUGCUCGCUGACCCUCACCUGGACGCCGCGGCCCAGCGGCUCCUGAGUGUCCUGGCCACCGUCAAGCAGUGCACUGACCAGUUUGGGACGGACUCUGUGUUGGUGGAAGACAGGAUGCCUCUCUCGCACUUGUGA